AUGGCGACCAUUGGCACUCUGGCGGCGUUUGAUGCUAAAAAUCAAAGCUGGGAAGAAUACUGUAAGAUAAUGGAGCAGUUUUUUGAGGCCAACGAAAUUGAUGACGGAGAUAAGCAAAGAGCUAUACUCCUCAGCGUGGUCGGCGCAUCUACUUACAGUUUAAUGCGUAACCUUCUCAGCCCGGAGAAACCGAAAGAGAAAACUUACCAUCAACUCGUGGUGCUGCUGAAAAACCACUUUGACCCGAAACCAAGUGAAAUCGUGCAGAGGUACAAGUUUGAUUCCCGUAGUCGUAACCAGAAUGAGAGUGUUAUGGAUUACGUGGCCGAGCUGCGGAGGCUGGCGCAGGAUUGGGAUGGUCCCACUCUACUGGGCAGAGGCUGGCUGGAGGACAUUCAGCUGGAUUGGAAGGAGGUGAAAGCCAGGCGUGAAGCUCGUCAGGUUCACCAUGUCCACUCAGGGAAGAAGACAACACUGCGGGAAGUGCUGUGCAAUAAUGAGGCUGAAGGAGGCGGGGCUUCGUCUCAGAAGGAGCAAGUGCACCUUCAUGCAGAAUGA